AUGAAUCUAACAUCAGAAAAACCAAAAGGCGCACUUAGUGAAGUCACGGACAUCUUGGCAGAAAAACUUAAUAUCCAUGAACCGGAAGAUCCUGAGCGCGUAGACCCCGAUUCUACGGCGAAAAAACGAAAGAAAAAGAAGAAGAAGGUAACUAAGACAGAACCCGAACAAGCAGCAGAUGAGGCAGACACAGUUCCUGAUGCGCAAAUUCCACCGACCACUGUUGCGCCAACAAGUGGUGAAGGCCCAGCAAAGAAGAAGAAAUCAAAAAAGAAGGGUUCUCUGAAACAAACGGAUCCGCCGUCUAUUCCUGUUGGCCAACUUUUUCCAAAUCGAGAUUUCCCCAUUGGAGAAAUUUCGGAGUAUAAACUUGGGACAGAUGGGUAUGUAGUUUAA